AAAGAUAAACAUAUAAACAAAGAAAGCUCUUCUGGUCUGAGAACUGUCUGACAUGGCAACCAGCACUCUCAGGAGAUUUGGAAGGUCGGUUUGUUGGGUUUCUAGGAGGGGGUUUUCCACAUCCUGCGAUGACAAGCUUGUACAGCCAACCUCCAAAUCCACGAACCUCUACUCUGCGAUCAACCAAGCGCUUCACAUCGCCUUGGAAACCGAUCCUCGUGCUUAUGUAUUUGGAGAAGAUGUAGGCUUCGGUGGGGUCUUCCGUUGCACAACAGGAUUAGCUGAUCGAUUUGGUAAAAGUAGGGUUUUUAAUACCCCUCUUUGUGAACAGGGAAUUAUUGGGUUUGGCAUUGGUCUAGCAGCAAUGGGCAAUCGUGCUGUAGCGGAAAUCCAGUUUGCAGAUUAUAUUUAUCCUGCCUUUGAUCAGAUUGUCAAUGAAGCUGCGAAGUUUAGAUACCGGAGUGGGAAUCAAUUUAAUUGUGGAGGUUUAACAAUAAGAGCCCCGUAUGGAGCUGUUGGCCAUGGUGGACAUUAUCACUCACAGUCCCCUGAAGCUUUCUUCUGUCAUGUUCCUGGUAUCAAAGUGGUCAUCCCUCGAAGCCCACAGCAAGCAAAAGGGUUGUUGCUAUCCUGCAUACGUGAUCCAAACCCUGUUGUGUUUUUUGAACCAAAGUGGCUUUACCGUUUGGCAGUAGAAGAGGUUCCCGAGUAUGAUUACAUGUUGCCUCUAUCAGAGGCAGAGGUGAUUCGAGAAGGCAGUGAUAUUACACUUGUUGGGUGGGGAGCUCAGUUAUCUCUAAUGGAACAGGCCUGUCUUGAUGCUGAAAAGGAAGGAAUUUCUUGUGAACUGAUAGACCUGAAAACUCUAAUUCCUUGGGAUAAGGAAACAAUAGAAUCCUCUGUCAGAAAAACUGGAAGACUUCUUAUUAGUCAUGAAGCUCCAGUGACUGGAGGUUUUGGUGCUGAAAUCUCUGCUUCUAUUGUUGAACGUUGUUUCUUAAGGUUAGAAGCCCCUGUAGCCAGAGUAUGCGGUCUGGACACUCCCUUCCCCCUUGUAUUUGAACCAUUCUAUAUGCCUACAAAGAACAAGAUAUUGGAUGCAAUCAAAUCAACUGUAAAUUAUUAGGUGCAUAAGCUUCUUUGCUGCUUUGUGCUACAGAUGCACCAUAGUCGUCAUCAUGUGCAUCAUCAGUACAUGCAAGUAGUACUCGCCUCUAGGCUCUCCAACAACGAUGAACAGAGGAAGAAGAAAUUUAUAUUCUGCUGCUCUUUUGUCCCAAUCUCUGAGAAUGUGAAAAACAGACUUGUAAUGAAUGGCUGGUUUUAUCUAAUUUAUACAUGCGCAGUUGAAAAUUUUCA